UAUGGUUGCCGCGAGAAGUAUAACCAACGUUGGCAAUGGACGAGGAAAAUGAAGCAGAUCGAGAUGAGGUGGAUCCGUUGCUGUGGGAUGUUGACGGCACGGGUAUCGAUGAGCAGAGUCAGGUUCACACUCAGUCAGUCUGGCAUUGAAGUCUGUCGCGAGAGGAUGCUGAGCGGUGUUGUUCGGUUCGUCGGAUAGGUAGAACGGUUGUUUGGUUCGUUGAGGCGGUAAACUACAAUUGAUUACCUGUGGAGAUCUCGUGGCGCGCUGCUGGUCUAUUGAACGAGACUUAAAGGAAGGCCGUACGUCCGUUGUGUGUUGAAUAGUGUGUAAACUGCCGACGGUGCUUGAACGGCGUUUGCUUUGAGCUUUGAAGGAAAGGAAAAAAAAGUGUUUCAGUGGAAUCAUAUAAAUGAAAAUAUCGCAAUAGCAUUGUGGAUUAUCCUUGAAUAUUGCUAUUCGUGGAAAGUGUGAUUAGUGAAUUGUUAUUCAACAUAUUGAAAGGGCUACGUCAUUCGCAGCAUAAUGAAGACUGAAUUCAAAUCUUGUGGCGGCUGCGCCGAGCAAAUCACUGAUCGUUACAUAUUCGAAGUGAGCGGCUGUGCGUGGCACGGAUCCUGCCUACGGUGCAGUAUUUGCUAUUGCUCCCUGGAACGACAGGUUUCCUGUUACUUCAAGGACGGCGAAGUGUACUGCAAAACCGACUACAUCAAAAAGUACAAAACCAGCUGCGCCAAGUGUUCCCGAUCGAUAUCCCCCUCGGAUUGGGUGCGAAGGGCCCGGGAUUUCGUGUUCCAUUUGGCGUGCUUUGCGUGCGAUUCCUGCGGGCGGCAGCUCUCCACGGGAGAACAGUUUGCCAUCAUUGACGACCGGGUGCUGUGCAAGACUCACUACAUGGAGCUGAUUGAUGAUGGGACGACUUCCAGCGAGGACGGCUGCGACGCCGAAGGCAAUGGCAAGAACAAAACCAAACGGAUACGCACAACGUUCACCGAGGAGCAAAUUCAAAUCUUGCAAGCCAACUUCCAGAUCGACAGCAACCCGGACGGACAGGAUCUGGAACGGAUAGCCCUGGCGACGGGGCUGAGCAAACGGGUGACUCAAGUGUGGUUCCAGAACUCGAGAGCUCGUCAGAAAAAGCACGGUGAGAUUUAUCCAUCUGUUCUACAAGAGCUUGGACCUAAUCAGAUUGUGUCUUUGGCAGUUCCCCGUGGUCAAGAGCUAUUCAACGGACUACGUUCGGAUUUGAACAACAACAGUAGCAGCAAUGAUAGUCCGGGAGGAACACCGAUGGGCGAGGAUUGCAGCAUGGCCAAGGCGUCGAUCUUCAACCAUCACGGCUUUAUCAACCUGAUGGUAUGACAGGAGGGGUUGCACUCGAUGGGUGGCCACGACCACCAGCAGCAGCAACAACACGUUGGCUACUCUUGAGGAUAGCUGACCGACGAACGGGAGGCAACCGUUCCCUGAGAAUAUGUUAUUAUUCGCAACUGUUGAGAGACGCACCGUGAGCCCAACGAUUUGCAAAGGGAAGGGAAGAAGCACUGGGAAAAGUGCAUCACGUUCGGUAUGUUUGUAUCGGUCUUGCGGGAAAGUGAUCAUGUAUCUCAAUGUCUUUUGCUUUAGUUCGUCCUCACAGAAGGUCACAUGCUUGUGACUAUUUCUGCGCGGUUUAUUGACGAUGAAUGGUGCUUUGCAUUACGAAUGAAUAAAUGCUAACUAUGUACAUACGUAAAUGACAUUCUUGUAAAUACAAAUAUCAAAGUAAUAAAGUUUACGCAGCAAUUGAACAAAAACUUAA